CAAUGGAGUCUAGCAAAGCAAUAGAAAUGGAAACAGCCAUUCCCUCCCCGCUAAAAACGGAACAGGAAUCCACCCCGGAGGUAACAGAAGCAAAAGAAGAAACAUCAACAGCAACAUCAACAGCAACUACCUCUACGAAGCCCGCGGCUGCGGCAACCGUUGAACCUCCGUUGUGCAAGCACUGGGCGAGAUCCAAGACCUGUCUCUACCAUAACUUGGGAAAAUGCCGGUUUUCCCAUCCGGCUGACUACGUGAUCCCGCCGCCAAAACAACCACAAAACGCCAGAACCUCCAGGCAGACCAACCUGCACAACCGCCACCGGCAGYGCAGCGGGCGGCUGACCACCCGAAACGACGCCCGGGUUGCGAUCCUGCGAGCUUUCAUCGCCUCUCCCCACAAAAAGGAGGCGUCUCGCAUCGACGGAGGGGAAGGAGAACGAACCCGUGCCAAUAGUACCGAUACGAAUGCCGCUGCAGAUGCUACCAAAGAUCCAACCACAAGUAGCAACAGUAACAGUAACAGCAACAGCAACAGCAACAGCAACAGCAACACAGCAGAAACCGAUGACAGAGAUUUCGUUCAGCUCGACCUUUCUAGCUGCAACGUCCUUGACGUGGCCGGGGGAAAGGGCGAGCUCGCCUUCCAGCUCCUGAACCUGAACAACGCCAAGACGUGCCACGUGAUCGAUCCUCGACCGCUCUCGCUGAAGCGCUUCCGGGGCCGCCUCGAAAAGGGCUUCUACCACCGGUCCCAGGGCAUCCUCACGCACGACGUGGUCCGGCCMCUCACMGAGCCCGARCGACCGGUCGAUCAGCUCCGAUGCCUGUUUUCUAGCGAGUUGUGGGAGACCGAACCCGAUUCGAACGACACAAAUAACAACAACGAUGACAAUAAUGAUGACGGGGAUGACAAUGCCAACCYYCAAAAGAUCAAGCCYAAGCGAGAUCUGCGAAAGGAAUUCUUUCAGAAUUGCUACAGGGCGCAGGGAUGGGUAUGGCCACCGGUGGGGGCCAGCAACGAGCACGCUGCGAUGGGCGACGACGAUCGAGACGAAAUUGUUCGAAAGAGACCGAGCGCCAACGCAACCGCGAAAGCGAACGGAGAUUCCGACCCAACCCCGACGCCAUCGGGACGAGGCACCAUCGACAACAAGGAAAACGAAUCGUCCUUUACACCAACUUUUGAUCACGCCUCGGAGGUCGUYCGAAAGGCCGACCUGAUCGUAGGGAUGCACGUGGACCAGGCYGUCGACGCCAUUAUCGAUGCAGCUCUCGCCAUGGACAUUUCCUUUUUUGUGGUACCCUGCUGCGUCUACAGCAAAGAGUUUCCCUUUCGACGGGUUCCGGUCCUCGAAGGCGGUGGCUGUGGCGAUGGUAACAAACAACGYACGAAACCCGUGACGACCUACGAAGAACUCAUCCGAUACCUGAAGGCAAAGUCCCCCGACAUUCGGAGCCAUGUAUUGCCUUUCGAGGGAAGGAACAUUUGUUUGUACCGCGUUGUUGGUUGUUCCUGAUAUGCGUUUGCAAAUAGCAAGUCGGUCAGCUAGGCACAAAAUCUACUCGGCUUUGUUCCGAGAGUCCAUUGAAGAGCCAAACAAAGGGCGAACGCUUYGGGAUUUGAUCCAUGGCAAUAAAAAGCUGCGAUCCUU